CAACACCAGCACACGCUGAACUCCCCGAUCUGCAGCCAGGACAUGGUGAAGGACUUCAGGUGUAAGAAUUGGAAAUCAAGAAAGUGGCCAGGCAGGCUCCAGAUGCUCCUCUAACACAACAAAGAGUAGUGGAAGAGAACCAGAAAGCCUUAAGCCGGUCAGCUAAAGGGUGUGGCAACACAGUCCAUUGAGGUCUGUGGUGUUGAGGAGACUACUGUAUGACGUGAUUGUAGAGUAGAAUAGUGUGGAAGGCACUUAACUCCUCUUCAGGCACGGAUACCGUUUAAGAAAGGUUAAACUUCAUCACAGGCUAAAAUACCCUCUGCUGUUCCACACUGGAAAAGUGAACAGCGUUGAAUUGGCAGAAGUCACAGGCACACACCUUGUGGAUCAGCAUGUGAUGCACAUAGGAAACUGGAAAUAAUAUAGAAUAAAGGUACCUUAAAGAGUGUUCUGAAACACUCCCAUGAUAAACAGAUAGAGACGAUGAGACCUUUUAGACACCCAAGCAAUUGUGAAAUGAGGGGCACCGAUGUCCUUAUCCAAAUAACCGUCAUAAUGCUGCCCAUUUUAUGGGUACAUUGGCCACAGGUGGAAAGUAAAAAAAAAAAAAAACUUUACUGAUGUGCCUACUGUCAUGCCGAGUAAAUUCGUCCCCAUUUUCCUUAAAAAAAGGACAGUAAUUGCUUCUUUUCCUGAUCAGGAAUUAUUAAUAUUAUCCCCUGAUUAUUAUUUUUUACAAUUCCACUCUCUCUCUCAUCACUUUUUUCCAGUCAUUCUCUCUUUCCUCAUCCCUCUGCCACCCUGCAAGGAGCCAUAUAAGAGUAUAAUUCUGGACCUGUACAGACAGUCGUACAACCUGGGCCUGUAGCCCUAACAUCUGUACAUCCAAAGCUCUAUAUAACCUAAGGUUUUCUCUGGCCUUUACUAAAACAAUAUCAUUGGAUGUUUGUCUAAAUUUGGGUGGGUGCCAGUGCGGUGCUUUAUUUAAUACAUGACUCAUGCAAAACUAUAAAUUGAUGGGAUAAUAAUUAUCAUAUAAGACCUUCCUUUUUUGCCUAUUUUGCCCAAAUCACACAUUUAUUUGCCUUAGUUUAUUUUCAGUUUAUUCACCAUGCUGGAAAUAAAAAAAAAAGUUACAGUGGUCUUUAAUGCAAGGCUGUGUACACAGUGUCACAGAAGAAUUAGACCAUCAAUGUAAAACAUGAAAUUAAUUGUCAGAUUUUUCUGUCAAGAAACCAUAUAUUUCAAAAUAAGCUCAAAGAACUGCGACCCGUAUUAUUUUCAAGCGACUUCAAAGAAAAAGAAGCCCAAAGUCACGUAUUAUAAGCGGACCUGGCAACUAUGGAUAUUUCCUUUUUGAGAUGCUCCUGCUGUGUAUGUACUGUGUACCUGCUGUGCGCAGACAGGUGUGCACGCGCUGCAGUUUCACUUUUGAUGUUCUAUGACGCACCUGCAGAACUCUGGACGAAAGUAAACGUUGAGACUCAUCCACGCCUCUCACGGAUGUUUAUUCACUUUAACUGGAGGCUAAAAUCAUGAAACUUUGUGCUUUUAUUAUUUUCUUUAAUAAAAUGUCCUUUAAUAAAGACAAAACAUGAUUUGCUCCUGGUUGUAUCUAUUACAAUCCCACCUCCAUGUUUUUAUCUCAUGCUGUCAUUAUCGUGAACUAAACAUUUAAAGACAUGCAAUCACACACACACACAAAACAAUCAAAGCCAUAUUAAAACUUAUGUUUGUUAAUUUGUAGCACAUAAUGGGCCAUAUUAUUCCUGCAUUUAAAUAUUUCAUUUAAUAAGUAUGGAGAAUAUUAUCAACCGGUAUCUGUGUAUUUAUAAUGAGUCAUGUGUUUUCUCACCUGGAGAACUGAGCUCUAGUCAUGUGACCGUUGUUAUGUUACGCUUUUUAAAAUGAUAUCGAAACUACUUAAUACAUUACCUGUUAUCACCUGAAUAGUGUAAUAUUCUAAUCAUAUCGAGUGUCAUGAAUGUCACUGUUGUGAACAGUGGGUCAAGUGCUUUAGCUGGUUGUGUUCUUACUAAUUGAUUGUGUGUGAGAGACAGAUUUAUGCAGUGUCCGUAGCAGCGCAAGAUGUUUAACAAGUCAUCCGGUUCUCCCUCCGAAGCAGGACCAGGAGCAUUUGGGACAUUUGGACAACAGACUUUUGACACUAGUGGAGGAUUGUUUGGAGCAACCAACACCACGUCAAAUCUGUUCGGAUCCUCAGAGUUUACUGCGACCCAGCCUGGCACAAGCAUCAAAUUUAACCCACCAACAGGAAGUGACACAGAGCAAAAGAGCGGCGUGAUGAUCUUCAUUAACACCAAGCACCAGUGUAUCACAGCAAUGAAGGAGUAUGAAAACAAAUCUCUAGAGGAGCUUAGGUUGGAGGAUUACCAGGCAGGGAGGAAGAGACCCUUCAACACAGGUGGUGUGAUUGGGGCUGCAGUCACAGCAACUCCCAGCACCGCUACUGGAGUCUUCGGGUCCUCAGCUUUUGGCACUAGUACUAGCAGUGGAGGAUUGUUUGGGACGACCAACACCACGUCCAAUCCAUUUGGAGGAACCCCUUCUCUCUUUGGAGCUUCGGGCUUUACUGCGACCCAGCCUGGCACCACCAUAAAAUUUAAUCCACCAACCGGAAGUGAUACAAUAGUAAAGAGCGGUGUGACGACCAGCAUCAACACCAAGCACCAGUGUAUCACAGCAAUGAAGGAGUAUGAAAACAAAUCUCUAGAGGAGCUAAGGUUGGAGGAUUACGAGCAUUACCAGCAUCAGCUCUUGGCGUAUUCGCAGCUUCCCUUUAAACAUGGGUUUAAUAUGAUAUGAUGUUGGCCCCUCCCCCUUUGCAGCUGUAACAGCUUCAACUCUUCUGAGAAGGCUUUCCACAAGGUUUAGGAGUGUGUAUAUGGGAAUUUUCGACCAUUCUUCCAAGAGCGCAUUCGUGAGGUCAGACACUGAUGUUGGACGAGAAGGCCGGUCUCACAGCCUCCGCUCUAAUUCAUCCCAAAGGUGUUCUAUCAGUUGAGGUCAUGAUUCAAGGCAGUCAAGUUCUUUCGCACCAAACUCACUCAUUCAUGUUUUUAUGGACCUUGCUUUGUUCACUGGUGCGCAGUCAUGUGGGAACAGGAAAGGGCCGUCCCUGGUUGGGAGUAUGUAAUUGUCCAAAAUGUCUUGAGUUUCAGAAUGUGAGUUCCUCUCACUAGAAGUAAGGGGUGGAGCC